ACUGAGUUCAGAACUAGAAAUCGGGAUGGCCGAGAAAACGCUGGUGGUCGAGGGUCUUCCAGAUGAUUUCCACUCAGUGAGGGCGAAGUUAGAGUUAUAUUUCAGAAACAAGAGGAGAUCUGGAGCGGAGGUUUUACAGAUUCAGGAGCAUCCAGAAGACAAACGGAAAGCUCUGCUCGUUUACCUCACUGAAGAAGAAUUAAAGAAAGUACUUGAGAAAAGAAUCCACCAGAUUGAUUUCAAAGCUCAAGGAGUCGUGAAAGUGACAUUAAAACAUCUGGAGGACCAGAGCCCUGUGGUGCAAAAAGUCAAACCUCCUGUACAGCCUAAACCUAAGCUGGAAAAGCUCGAGCUCAACCAGUCAGCACAGGCCCCUCCCGCCGAGUCGGUCUCCGAAAUUCCCAAAGGAAAUGAUGGGGACUCCAGAACACAGGACUUGCUCGUCAGCACCACCGAGUCAGUUGAUAAAGAUACCCUCACAAUGUACUUUGAGCAGUUCACCGAGCACGUAGAAAUCACAAAACAUGGGAAAGACAGUUGGGUCCUAAAAGUAGCCAACCAGUCAGAUGUACAGAAGAUUCUGGGCCAGAAGGAACAUGACUUUGGCAUUUCGGUGGAGGUGUGUAAAAAAGGAAAUGUGUCAGAGAUGUGGGACCCCCGUCGCUUCAUCUUAACUGGGUUUAAAGACAACUGCACAUGCAAAUUAAUUUCAGUGUUCAUUGGCAGCUGCAGUCAAAAAGCAGAACAUACCUGGGAGCUUUUAGGUGAUGACAGGAUUGUGGUCACCUUCAAAGAAGAUAUUGAUGGAAAUGUAUUCAUAAAGAAGUGCACCACCAAAAAGCUGAAGGACAUGGAGAUUGGAGCUUCUCAUUUGGAGCUUACAGAUUCAGUUCUGGUGGAAGGGGACAUGAGCAAAAUUAAAGAAGAAAUUCUCACUCUGUACUUCAGCAACAAGAAGAGAAGUGGUGGAGGAGACGUCAAAUCCUUAAUUUGGGUCAACAAACUCAAAAGUGUGGUCAUCUGCUUUGAAGAGUUUCAUGUUGCGCAACAAGUAGUGGAGCAGAAGCAUCGUAUUUGUGAAACGGAUCUCAGCGUUUUUCUUUUUUACCCAAGUCUGCAGACGGCUCUAACUGGGAAGAUGCCUACUUUGUCCAACAUUCCCACAAACAUCAUCAUUCCUGUUGAUGAGGAAGUGCUUGGUUUCAUUGAAAGAAAUGGACAGUGCAAAAAUGACUUUCAGAGUCAACUCAAGAAGGUUCAUGCUAUUGUCCUUUUUGACAACACCACAUCCUCCCAAGAGAUAAAACUGGAGAUGGCUGUGGACAAAGAGUCUUUAGCCGCACUGCGAGUUGGGCGAACCUGGGAGUCUAAGGCCAGAAGAGAAGCGGAUGCCUUUCUGAGCAAGUACAGCACAUCUGAAUUGGCAGUUGAGGUUGAGGUGUGGAAGAGGGUAGAGAAGCAUUGUCACCAGCUUAUCAGUUUGGAUGUUGAUCUCUCCUUCAAGGAAGACAAAAGCAAAAUUGUAGUAGUUGGCCUAAAAGAGGCAGUCAGUACCCUUUUAGACAAGAUACGAAGCCUUCUUCAAGAUGCAUCUGCAGAAUUAGAAGUCGAGAGAAACACUGUUGAGAAAGUGAUUCCCUUGGGAUCGAAAGAGAUGUUUGAGCUGGUAGCAAAUCAAGUACAUUCCAAACUAAGUAGUGAAACUAGUUUUAUCAAAGAUGAAGGAUCCCUGACCUUCAGUCUUAGAGGUUUGAAGGAUGAUGUAAGUGUAGCUGAGAGGGUCAUCACACAGGUAAAGGACAGUGUUGUCCUUCACAAGUUGAGCCUCUCGUUGCAUCUGCUUCACUUUCUGAAGUCUUUAGAUCUAAAGAAAUUUGAGCAAGACCAUUUCGUCCCAAGCCAUAUCCCAGCUUUCUUUCUGAAGAAUGGAGAUCCUCUUGGGAUCCUUGUAGAGAAAGCAAACAUUAAGAAAGCUGAGGACAAAUUAACAAAGAUCCUGAAAGAGGAGGUCAUCAAAAUUACAAGUGAUCUAACUUCAGUGAUCAACAGCGAAAACUGGGUGAACUUUUUGAAGACACUUAAAGCCGAAGUGGAAUUAGGCCAUAAUGCUCAUAACGUUAACAUUAUACCUUCAGAGGGAGAGAUUGUAAUCUGUGGAUUUGCUCAAGUGGUGGCAGACCUCUCACAAAAGGUGAGAGACUAUCUGGAGAACAAGACACCAGCAACUGAAGACAUCCAUCUCAGGUCUUUGCGAGAGGUUGAGUUUGUUGAGUCUUGCAUGAACUUGUCAGAAGUUCCAGAAAUCCGUAACCUUGGCGUAACCAUACUUGCUUGCAGGACAAAGAGUUCUCCUAGUCUGAAGGUUACAGCAGCAAAGGAGAAAAUCAAAGAUGCAAGACGUGUGGUGCAAAAGCAUGUGUCGUCCAUUAUCACCGAGACGUUGGCUUAUUCUAAAGCAGGAGAGUCCAAGGUCAUGCAUAAGCAUGAAGCCAAUGUGAAGGCCAAAGCCAAGGAAUUGAACUGCAUGGCUUACCUGUCAGAGAAAGCAGGCAGUACUGGUCCUUCAAAGUGUUACACCCACAAAAUAAGCAAUUUCCUCACUUUAACACUUGCAGAGGGGGACUUGCUGACCUAUACAGCUGAUGGUUUUGUUUGUCCUAUGAAUAGCAACCUGGCUUUUGAUCAUCUGAUUGCCCAGCGGUUCCUUCAAGUCGGAGGGUCUCAGAUUCAAUCAGUGUGCAGCAGACUCCAGAAAGAAAAACAAACCUUACUUGCUGGGGAUGUGAUCCUCAGUGACACUGGUCAUCUUCAUGCCAAGGCUCUCAUUUAUGCUGUCUUGCCCCAGAGUAACCAGACUCUGAGCUUUGGUUACCUGGAAUCGGCCAUUCUUGGUAGCCUCCAGGAGGCUGAAAGUAGAAACUGUGCUUCUGUCGCGAUGCCAGCAAUGGGCUGUGGAACUUUUGGGUUUUCUGUCAAAGAAAGUUGCACAGCAAUCAGAGAAGCAAUACUUAAGUUCAGCAAUGAUCAUCAAAGGUCUGCAAGCAGUAUAAAGAAUAUAUUUUUGGUGGAUUCUAAUCCAGCCAUAGUGGAAGAGUUCAACACCAUCAUUGCUCAACUGGGUUUUCCGAUUGUAAGGACAUUUGCCCAUUCAUCAAACACCACCCCUAAAAACCCUUUUAAACCUGUGAAACGUACACAAGGAUCAGACACAGAAGUGACUGUUCAUGGAGUGCAAGUGUAUCUCAAAAAAGGAGACAUCACCAAAGAGACAGUGGAUGUCAUCGUUAAUUCCAACAACAGUGCAUUAGAUCUUAACACUGGUGUUUCUGGUGCAAUUCUGACAGCGGCUGGGCAAUCAGUUGUGGAUGAGUGCAAAAAGCAUGGUCCUCAGAAACCAGACGGGGUGGUAUUGACAAGUGGUGGGAACCUUUCAUGUAAGCACAUCGCUCAGAUGGUUGGGCCUAACAAUGCUGCUGACAUCACAGCCUCCAUUGAGAAGGUCCUGAAUCUGUGUGAAAGUCAGAUGGCUGCCACAGUGGCCAUCCCUGCUAUCGGGACAGGGAGGGGUGGUAUUGGAGCAAAUGAGUCUAUCAAAGCCAUUGUUACUGGACUUGAAAACCAUUUGAGUCAGUUGAUGUCAUCCUGCCUUAAGGAGAUAACUGUGGUUGCGUUUGAACAGAAGAUUUUCGACUCCUACUGCAGUUACUUCAAGGAGAGGAACAAGAAGAGUCCUCCUAAAGUUGCAACACAAACCAAGAUGCCUGCAAACCAAGCACAAACCAAGAUGCCUGCAAAUCAAGUCAAAAUUGCAGGUGUGAGGAUUGAGGUGAAGAAAGGUAACAUCAUCAACGAAACUGUCCAAGGCAUUGUGAACACCACAAAUAACCAAAUGAACCUGACCUCAGGUGUUUCAGGGGCCGUAUUCAAAGCAGCAGGACCCUCUGUUCAACAGGAGUGCCAAAACCAUGGUCCACUUCAGAGUGACACGGCUGCAGUGACCAGUGCUGGAAACAUGCAGUGUGAUUACAUCAUCCACAUAAUGGGUCCCCACUCCGCCGCUGAUGCAAGUUUACGGGUGAAGAAAGCCCUGGAGCGCUGCGAGGAAAAGCAGAUUAGCACUGUUUCCUUCCCUGCUGUUGGGACUGGUGGAGGUGGCCUUAAGGGUGCAGAGUCCAUUACUGCCAUGCUGCAAGGCUUUGAUGACCAUUUAUCUAAACGUACCUCCACUGCUAUCAAACUCCUUUACGUUGUUGUCGACCGAGAUGAAGUCCUACAAGAGUUUCUGCAAGGACUGAAACAAUGGACUACAAAACCCCAGCAGGACAGCGAUGAAGAAUUAGAUGAAGAUAGUGACGAAUCAUCUUACAGCUCAGGUGAUGAGAGUUCAUACUCAUCAGCAGAAGAAAAAGAAGAAGAAGAAGAAGAAGAAGAAGAAGAUGCCAGAAGUGCUGCCACCACAGAGGCAAUCAUUGGCCAUGUCAAAGUUAAAGUGCUUUGUGGUGACAUCACGAAAGAGACGACGGAGGCGAUCGUCAGUAGCACUAAUACCAGCCUUAAUCUCAGCUCAGGUGUUUCCGGAGCUAUUCUCAAAGCAGCAGGACAGACUGUUGUGGAAGAAUGCAAGAAACUAGGUACCCAGCCCAGUGAUGGUGUGGUCCUGACGAAAGGUGGAAACCUUCCAGUUAAGAACAUUGUCCAUAUGGUUGGUCAGACCAGUGAGAAAGAGAUUACACGCUGCAUGUAUAAUGUUCUGAAGAAGUGUGAAGAAAACAAGAUCCAGUCUGUGUCUUUUCCUGCUCUUGGAACAGGAGCAGGAAACCUGGCAGCAGCUCAGGUUGCAAAAGCCAUGAUUGAUGCUCUGGCUAAUUUUUCCAUUGACUCUCCAGCUUUUUUAAAAAGUGUCCACAUUGUUAUUUUUCAACCAAAAAUGUUGGCAGAAUUUGAAGAUACUCUGAAGAAGUUCAAGAAGAUCUCACCAAAACCCUCAUCAGUAACCAAGGCCAGACCAAUAAAGCAAACACAGGCAGCAUCAAAGCCAGUCAAACCACCACUGUGCCUUGCUACUGAGACUGCUGCAGUAACUUUCCCUGUCAUGAAUGUGGAGGUAUAUGGGACCUCUCCUGCUGACCUUGCUAAACUCAAGAAAUGCAUUUCUGAUCUCAUUUCUGAAGAGUGUACCAGCAAAGAUAUUUUGUCAAGUCAUCUGCCCAUCCUUCCUGAAGCUGACAAAGAGGCCAUCGUGGCUCUCAGUCACAGUAACCAAGUACAUGUCCAUGUGGCUGCUGCAGAUAAAUUGACUGUGUCAGGGAAGACAGAAGAUGUUUUAGAUGCUGUUCUAAAGAUCAACAGCUUCCUCCAGGGAGUCAAGGACAGGGAGCUCCAAGAAGAAGAAGAAAAGAGACUGAGUGAGACAUUACGCUGGGAGGUGGCCGAAGGAGAAGCAUGGGUGCCACUGGACAAAAGCAUUAGCUACCAAAUGGAGUUAGCCUUUCACAAGAAAGAGCAGACAUUUACUUACCAGAAGAAAGGGGAGACCUACACUGUGAACUUCAAGGACUUGAAACGAGUGAACAGCAAGGGACAGUCCUGUAGGGUCAAGAGAACUCUGCUUGGAGACUCAGAAACAGCUGUCAUUAAUCCUCCACCAACAUGGACCAAAAUGGAUGGAAAGGACCUUGAAAUAAUUGCUCUGCUUCCAAAUUCAGUGGAGUACAAGAAAAUAGAAGACGACUUUGUACGCUCCAGUAAACACAAAGAUGUGGCUCCUGUGCAGGUUGUGGAGAUCCACAGAAUUCAGAGUCAGCGACAGUGGCAGAGAUACUCUGUGUUGAAGCAGGCAGUGGACAAGAAAUACCCCAACCAGGCAAAUGAGCGCUUUCUCUAUCAUGGCACCACUAAAGACAUCUGCCAGAAAAUCAAUAAAAAUGGCUUCAAUCGGAGCUUCUGUGGGAGAAAUGCUGUUGUUCAUGGUGAUGGCACCUACUUUGCCAAAGAAGCCUGGUACUCCUGCCAGGAUCAGUACUCAAACCCAGAUGAGAACGGAUUGAAGUACAUCUACAGAGCCAGAGUCGUGACUGGGAGGCCAUGUAAAAGCCGACAAGGAAUGAAGGAGCCGGACCCUCUGGACCCCAAUGACCCCCGGGCUGGUCUGUACGACUGUGCAGUGGAUAAUCUGAAGAAUCCAUUCAUCUUUGUGGUGUUCUGUGAUGCGGGGGCUUACCCUGACUAUCUGAUUACCUUCAAGAGUAUUUAACUAGGCAGCUUUACAGUACUCGCUCUUGUAACAAUCAGCUUCAGUCCUAACUCAUCACUGGAAAUCAUGAAAUGCGUAUAUCUCAGGAACUCAUAGUAGUUAAGGUCAAUAUGUUGACUACUUAAGCGAUAAUUCAUUUUACUUACAAUUUACAAUGCAGUACGUGUUGAAAGCAAAACAUCGGGUGAAAAAAACAGGUUGAAAUCAUGGUCCGCUCUGAUCUAUACUCUCAGUGCCUUAUCAAACAGUGACACAAACAUGUUCUGUUGUUUUCUUACUCUUUGUGAUACUCAGCAAAAGGGCUACUUUUUAAAUAACUUCCAAAAAGAA